AUGUGGAUUUCCGCACAAGAAAUUUCUCAACAUUGUACGCGUGAUGAUUGCUGGGUUGUGAUCAAUGACCAUGUGUGGGAUCUAACUACAUUUGCCCCCGAACAUCCAGGGGGCUUUUCCUCUAUCUACUGCUUCGCGGGUCACGACGCGACCGAAGCCUACAAUGAAGUCCAUAGUACUGAUGUCAUCACGAAGGCCCUUGAUCCAAACAAGCUCAUCGGCAAAAUAGAUCGAUCGUCCAUAGAUUCGAACUGGACCAGCAGGUAUAUCCAGCAAGCCGAAAAGCAAGCGGAAGCGAAACCUCCCCUUGGUACCAUUCUAAAUGCCCACGACUUUGAACGUGUAGCACAAGACACAUUAUCCAAGAAAGCGUGGGCGUUUUACUCAUCCGCCGCAACGGAUUUGGUCUCUGUCAAUGCGAACAGAUUGUUUUAUAAUCGCAUUUGGUUUCGACCUCGGCUCUUACGAGAUGUGAAGUCGGUGAGCACAAAAUGCAUCAUCCAAGGGGUUGAGAGCGCGUUACCCGUGGUUGUUGCCCCAGUGGCCCUGGCGCGACUCGCGAAUCCGAUUGGGGAGAAGGGAAUCGCAAUGGCGGCCGCGGGGAAAGGCAUUAUUCAUUGUGUACCUAUCACGGCGUCAUUCUCCGUCGACGAAAUUGUAUCAGGUAUUCCCUCACCCACGACGACCUUCUUCUUCCAGUUAUAUGUCAACAAAGAUCAUGCACAAUCCGAGUCACUUCUGCGCCAAGUGUGGGAACUCGGAAUCCGCACUUUGUUUGUGACAGUCGACGCGCCCGUCCCUGGUAAACGGGAGGCGGAUGAGCGCAUAAGAAGCGAGGAGGUUAUAUCGAUGCCAAUGACGGGGACCAAGUCACAUGAAGAUGGUACUGGGAGCGGCCUGACACGAACUACCGGUUCCUUCAUUGAUAGUACAUUUUGCUGGAGAGAUCUGGUGUGGCUGAAGCAGCAUUGGCCUGGCAAGAUGGUGCUUAAAGGUAUUCAGUCCGUGGAAGACGCACAGAUGGCAGUGCAAGCGGGAAUGGAUGGAAUUGUUCUCAGCAAUCAUGGUGGAAGAAAUCUCGAUACAUCUCCGCCCGCACUGUUAUCCCUACUCGAGCUACAGCGCCAUUUGCCUUCGAUUUUCGGUCGAACAGAAGUUUACGUUGAUGGCGGAAUUCGGCGAGGGACAGAUAUUCUGAAAGCGAUUUGCUUGGGAGCAAAAGCAGUUCUGAUUGGACGACCGUUUUUGUACGCCCUCAACUACGGACAAGAGGGCGUAAAGCACCUAAUUGAUAUUUUGGAAUUGGAACUGCAGACCGCGAUGAGAUUGGUAGGAAUCACCGACCUCUCACAGGCACACCCUGGCCUCGUCAACACGCAGGACCUUGAUAACCUGAUUGACGCCAUGCAAAGAUUUGAGUAA